AUGGACGCCUCACAGCGACUGCGCGAGGCGGUGGUGAUGCAGGUGGACUGGGUGCCGGUGCUGGUGGCGCGGCGCGGGCGGCCCUACACCACGUGGCGGCGCCGGCAGGCGAUUUGUUUCGCCGUCAUGCACUUCUGCUUCGCGUUGGUGUUGUUUGGGCAUUUCGUGCACAAUAUUGUGACAUGGGUGCUUGCUUUCUUACUUCAGACAGCGGCGCUGUCCAUCUCCCUCUUUCACAUCGCCUUCGUCGUGGACUACGAGGAGAAGAUGAGCAACGCAAUGGAGCUCGAGCAGAUGCUGAACCCACUCAUCAUCGCCGAAUUGAGCAUCCGCGUGUUUGCGCUGCUGGACUACUUGUUGGUGGGCGGAUGGAUUAUGUGCGUCAUCAGCUCGGUGGAGCUGGUGUACGACUACUGGGCUUUUCGCAGCGGGGACCUGCUCGUUGACGCCACAACGGCGUGGAAGAAGCUCGACGCACUCAAGGCGGGCGCACGAGUGCGUGUGGCGUACCAAGUCAUUAUGGUGAUCGCCGCAAUUCUGUACUUUGUGCUAUCGCUGGUGUAUGAAUGA